GACAGCUUGGUAUCCAAUGUGGUGAACAUCUGGAUUAUCGAAAAGGAAGAGCUGAAGGCCGAUCGCUCGGCCGCCUCGCAGCUGGUGCCAUACAUCCAAGACGAAAGGUGCAAAAUGGACGCACUUAUUCUGAUUGGCAACUUGACCCAUGCAUUCCAGAUCGCGCAAAGGAUCUACAAGGGCUUGAGCCUCACAGCGGUGUUUAAAGAUAAUGUGGCAUCCGGAGACCAGGAGCUUUUAAAGCAGAUUGCAACCUUCAUGGCUUACAAUCCGAUUGCCAAGAAGAGGUGUUUGGACAUACAGUACCACCAGUUUCUACAAACCUCCCUGACGGCAGGCCGUGACAACUGUCCGCUCGUGCUGGUCACUUGUUCUCAGCAGCUAGCAGCCGCAGACCAUCGUCAGGGUCGCAGCCUUGCCGGUGCUGUCUCCAGCAUUGUGCAGAACAGCAAGGUCACUUUCUCCGUCGCCAUCUUGGCAGGUCACGGACAACGGCUACGCGGCGAGCAUUUCUGCCGAGCGACCCGUGCUUGCUCGUUCGGGGCAGCACAAGCUGACGGCGAAAGCGCCGGUGCCACUGCCGACGUAGGAACGCUGUUUGACUCGACGAUGGAGCGAGGGCACAUCAGCCGUGAUGAGCACACCAAAACGUGGUGCUGGUUCUGUUAUGUCCUCGUGUUUCCAGCAGUGGCUCUGUGGGCUUGGGACAUUGUGGUGGACAACUGUGCUAUUUGCCGAAAUCACAUCAUGGACCUUUGCAUCGAGUGCCAGGCGAAUCAAGGCUCGCAUACGUCUGAGGAAUGCACUGUUGCCUGGGGCGUGUGCAAUCACGCGUUUCACUUUCACUGCAUCUCUCGAUGGCUGAAAACGCGUCAGGCCUGUUGCAUGCCUUCGAGUGCUGAGAGUUGCGUCGGGUGGCCAGUCGCAUCAUGGGAACCUUGCCUUGACAAGAGCAUUCAUACUGUCAUUGUAAAGCUUACAUCAGGAGGAAAACCCACACACAUCGGCUUAACCCGCCUUGGGCUGUCCUGA